CUUACGUUCAAUCAACGCGACAGCUAGCGCACGUCCACGCCCUCGCUUUUCUAUUUUAUCGUAGAAAGCCUCAUUGCUCUGUAGUUGUGUGAACGACUUUGAAGAUCUUGGUCUACAAGAGCUAAAGCAGACUCACACCACUUCACGACCCAAGCCAAGACAUCACACACAAUGGCGGAUACGCAGAAUUAUCGUCCAAGCGAAGAAGAGGAGGAAGAGGAAGAGGAGAUUGAUGACUCUAGCUACAAGACAAUGAAAGACGCGGUGCUUUUCGCAAUUGACGUCAGCUCCACCAUGUUAGAAUGUCCCCCUCCUUCAAACGACAAGAAAGCAGACAGAGACUCCGCAACGUCUGCUGCGCUGAAGUGCGCCUACCAACUCAUGCAGCAGCGCAUCAUCUCCAACCCUAACGACAUGAUGGGCAUCCUGUUGUUUGGCACUGAGAAGACAGACCUGAAGGAUGGGGACAGCACAUUCCAACACUGCUAUCUUCUAGCAGACUUGGAUGUUCCUUCAGCCCAAGACGUGAAGCGACUGAGAGAGUUGGUUGAAGAGGAAGAAGAGGCGGAGCAUAUCCUCAAACCUUCAAAAGAUGGAGCUAGCCUGGCGACGGUGCUGUUCUGCGCGAAUCAGAUCUUCACAACCAAGGCGCCCAACUUCUCGUCAAGACGUUUGUUCAUAGUCACCGACAACGACUACCCAGUCAAAAUUAAGCAAGACAAAGAUACGGCAAUAACGCGAGCGAGAGAUCUGUACGACCUGGGAUGUACAAUCGACUUGUUCCCAAUUUCUCGGCCAGAGCACGACUUCGACCGGUCCAGAUUCUACGAUGACUUGGUCUACCCAACAUCUCCCUCUGACCCAGACGCUCCUGUAGUGGUCGCUUCCACAACUAAGGUCGCAAAGAGCGGCGAAGGCAUCACCCUCUUGAAACAGCUUAUCUCUUCCAUAAAUUCAAAAGCCGCACCACGUCGCGCCCUCUUCAGCCUACCCCUCGAACUAAGCCCCGAACUGCGCAUUGGGGUCAAAGGCUUCAUCCUGAUCAAGCGACAGGAACACGUGAAAUCAUGCUACGUUUGGGUCGGCGGCGAGAAGACGCAAAUCGUCUCCUCCUCAACCUCCCACAUGGCCGACGACACUGCGCGUGUCGUCGAGAAGACUGAACUACGAAAGGCGUACAAGUUCGGCGGAGAUGCGAUAACCUUCACACCUGACGAGAUCACGAAAAUCCGACAAUGUUUCGGCGAUCCAGUGAUUCGAAUCAUCGGUUUCAAACCAUUAUCCAGCGUUCCCAUCUGGGCCAACACCAACAAGGCAACGUUCAUCUACCCCUCGGAAGCAGACUACAUAGGCUCGACACGCGUCUUCUCCGCUUUGCAGCAGAAACUCCUUAAGUCGAAGAAGAUGGGUCUUGUAUGGUUCAUUCCGCGUCGCAACGCCUCACCCACACUCUGCGCGCUCAUCCCUGCCGAAGAGAAGAUGGAUGAAGAGGGUGAGCAAAGCAUGCCUCCCGGCCUGUGGCUCAUCCCGCUACCAUUUGCAGACGACAUCCGCCAGUUCCCCGAAGCAGCAGAGAACGCUCUCCAGACGACCGACGAACUGACGGACAAAAUGCGACAGAUCAUGGAGCAGCUGCAGCUCCCCAAAGGAGUAUACGAGCCAGCCAAGUACCCGAAUCCAGACCUGCAGUGGUUCUACCGUUGUCUGCAAGCCAUGGCGCUGGGUGACGAAAUCCCCCUCGACCCAGAGGACAAGACGGUCCCGCGCUUCAAGCAGAUCGACAAGCGGUGCGGCGAAUACAUCGAAGCCUACGGCAGGGAGUUUGAGGAAGCGUUUGCGCAGCAGCAAAAAUCCACACUUGCGCAUCGCGCCAAGACGACGGCGAAUACGACGAAGAAACGCAGCGCAGAUCCGGAGGAGAAGCCUGCUAAGCGCGUCAAGAAAGAAGCUAGAGUCAAGGAUGAGAAUGGCGAUGAUGGCGUGAGCGAUGAGCAGAUGGCGGAGAUCAACAAUAAGGGUCAGAUUACGAAGCAGACGGUUGCUAAUCUGAAGGAUUUCUUAAGCCAUAGGGGGCAGAGCACGACGGGGAAGAAGGCAGAGCUUCUUGAGAGGGUGCAGGAGUACCUUGAAGGAAAGGGGCUGUGAAUGAAACUAUGAUCAUCGCAGUGCGGUGGGUGGUUCAUGUGCGAAUGUAAGAACGAUAAGUAGACAUCCGCGCAAGCACGUGUAGAUCGGCUAUCUUCCCUCGUCCCUCAUACUGGCAAUCCCAUCAAUCAAAUGUCUCAAAGUAUUGUAAACGCUCACUACAAACAAUCCUUCUGUCUGGCCACUCAACCAAAAGAUCGGUACGCUCUCAAAGUAUCUCAUUCGAGUGGUGCAGCAGUAGUAGAGUACAUAAAACGCCAAAUCCUAAGUUGACCAUCACACCAU